GAAGGUUUUGUCUUGUCCGAUUAUUCUCUACCUUCUGGAUUAAGGUCAAUCAACCAUUUGCAAAAUGUCAAGUUCUUCUAAUUCGACGUCAUCACUCACCGGUUCUACUUCGAGUGCACCAGACGGUUCAGGGAGAACGUUCACUCCUUUCUUUCCUCAGUUUGGGUCGAUGUCUCCUGUUUUAAACCCUGAUGGAACUCUUAAGGGCGUUUAUGAUGUUGAAGACCACUCUUUUAUUCCCACCUCGAAGGCUACCCGUGGUGGACCGAGAAACUCAGUUUUGGGAGCUCCAACUUUGGUAAAUGCCACCAGCUCUCGAGCACCACCACCACCGAGUUCCAUGGGGAAUACGGCUGGUGGAGGCUCAAUGAGCAGGGCCUUGAUCUCUGAUGGAGGAAGUAUACUGAGCUCUACGGGGAGUAUGGGUGGUGGAGACUCAAUGAGCAGGGCUUUGAUCUCUGAUGGAGGAAGUAUACUGAGCUCUACGGGGAGUAUGGGUGGUGGAGGCUCAAUGAGCAGGGGAUUGAUCUCUGAUGGAGGAAGUAUACUGAGCUCUACGGGGAGUAUGGGUGGUGGAGGCUCAAUGAGCAGGGGAUUGAUCUCUGAUGGAGGAAGUAUACUGAGCUCUACGGGGAGUAUGGGUGGUGGAGGCUUAAUGAGCAGGGCUUUGUUCUCUGAUGGAGGAAGUAUCAUGAGCUCUAUGGGGAGUAUGGAUGGAAGUACUGAACAUUAUAGAUCAAUGAUGAUUGGGCUCCAAGGAUCCCCACAGGUUUAUUCUAUGCCUGGAAGCGCCUACCCUACUGCUGCUGGGGGACAUUCCCAAACUUAUGUUCAAGCAAUGAACAGCCUAAGCUCUAUGAGCUUAAUGAACUCCAUCUACACCACAACUGAUUAUCAAAUGGAUUUGCAUCAGCAAGAAUUAAUGAUGCAAUCUCAACAGUCAUCUAUGGGAAGGCAUGGUGGGUUUUACUUUGGUGAUGCGUCUAUGCCAACAUAUCCUCUACAACUACCAAGUGCUCAAGCUGUGAGCCGUAGUGGUGUUAUCUCCUCUCAGACUGGUGGACCUCCGACUAUUGGAUCAAGAUCUGUGAAUGCUGCAACGGGUUAUGACCAGCCCCUCCAGCACCAUCAGAACACGUCCCAGUUUGGCGGGCAGAAGCUACCAGCGAUCGGCCAGCCCAUCAGAGACGUGGGAUCACAACCAACGCACGCGACGACACAGUCCACUCCUGACCCUUUUGGCAUGCUAGGUUUGGUUAAUGUGAUAAACCAGACCAACCCUGACGUGACUACUUUGGCACUUGGGAUUGACUUGCAGGCAAUGGGGUUAGAUAUGACCUCCAAAGAAAAUCUUUUCAAGACUUUCGCCUCGCCUUGGGCUAAUGAACCCCUUAAAGAGGAUCAAGAUCACUUCGAUCUACCGCAGUGUUACAACGCAAUACAACUACCACCUCCAAAUCAAGAGAUGUUUAGAAGGUUUGCCAUGAAGACAUUGUUUUACAUAUUUUAUAGCAUGCCGAAAGAUGAGGCGCAGCUAUACGCAGCUAAUGAACUUAACAACAGGUACUGGUUCUACCACAAAGAACACAAGUGUUGGUUCAAACGAAUUGGGAAACCUCUCCUGCAAACAAAUGCUUAUGAAAGAGGAACAUAUGACUGUUUCGAUCCAGACAAAUUUGAGACCGUUCAAAAGGAAAAUAUUGUUAUUUAUUAUGAGAUGCUGGAAAGGAGGCCGUCUCUACCUCAACACCGAGUGUAAAUGACUGUUAUUAAGUAUCUAUGAUGUAAAGUUCCAUCUGUUAG